CGACAUCUGUGAGAACAACUUAACGACGACUCUCCAUCAACAACAAUGUUUCAUCAAUUGCAGAACAUUUGUCCCUGCCGUGUAGCUUAAAUAUGACUGAAUAUCCUUUGUUUCUUCUCUGGCCUUUCAUUUCUUUCUAUGCGUUCUCUCAUUACGCGCUGGUUUUUUCUCUGUGUGCUUAUAAUUCUUUGCCGAGGCGCCACUCUCUUAAAUACGUCGCCUUUCACUCCACCCUCAUAUCCCUUGGCUGUACGCUCGCCAUAUCUGUCAACGUGGCUGGCACAGAAAGACGGCGGUACUGCGCUCAAUGAUGAUUGGUCUAGGUUCUAUACAGGGCAGAUUACCGGAUGGGCAGGCUUGAUCAAAGUCGACAACACCACUUAUAGCUUCUUAGGUACUCCGGCGGGUGUCGCUGCAUACAUAAAAGCUACGCAAAAGAGCGCCCAGUUUACUUCUACCCAGACAAAAUUCGUGAUGACUGCAGGACCAGUGGAUUUGACUGUCACCUUUCUGAGCCCUGUUGAGCCUCACAAUUUGACUAAACAAUCCUUUCCUUUCUCUUAUCUCGCUCUUGCAGCUGCUGCCAACGACGGAUUGACCCAUUCUGUUUCUGUAUACAGUGAUAUUAGUGGAGAAUGGCUUUCUGGAAAUACUUCCUUAGGCAUGAACUGGACCACCACCACCACAGGAGAUCACUUGGUUCAUCAGGCUCAACUACAAGCCCCUUCACCUUUUGCAGAAAUUGACGACCGGACACAAUACGGAUCCAUAUACUAUGCAACCCGGGCACUGGCGAAUGCGGGUGUAACAUACCAAACCGGAGCUGAUGUUGAUGUCAGGAACCAGUUUAUCAACCACGGGGUGUUGUCGAACUCUGAGGACAGCGAUUUCCGAGCUGUUCAGGAUCACUGGCCUGUUCUUGCUUUUGCUCAUGAUCUCGGAAAUAUUUCUGCAUCGACGGUUCCCGUAGUAGUAGCAAUCGGCCAUGUCCGUGACCCUGCGAUUCAGUACAUCGUCGCGGAUGGUGUGAUUCAAGAGCGAAGCCUAUAUUUCCUUAGUCAAACGACAGUUGCUGACUAUAUUCCGUCAUUUUUAUCCGAUUAUACCGACGCAAUCACGAGAGCUAAUAACUUUGACAAUAUUGUGGAAAGUGAUGCUUCGUAUAUUUCGUCUGACUAUGCCGACAUCGUCGCGUUGUCCAUCAGACAAGCAUUUGCUGGAACUGAGAUAACACUAAUCCAGAACUCGAAUGGGUCUUGGAGCACAGACGAUGUCCUCGUCUUUAUGAAAGAGAUCUCAAGCUCUGGUAAAGUAAAUACAGUGGAUGUCAUGUUCCCAGCCUGGCCGUUGUUCCUUUACACCAACCCUGAGCUCGGGAAGUACUUGUUAAAUGCGGCCUUUGAGUACCAGGCUACAGGACAGUACCCAAACAGAUAUAGCGUGCAUGAUAUAGGUUCUCGUUACCCGAACGCUACUGGGCACAAUGAUGGAAAGGAUGAGCCCAUGCCAGUGGAAGAAUGCGGCAACAUGAUCAUUAUGGCGUUGAGCUACGCCCAGAAGACUGGAGACGUCUCCCAGCUCACGAAAUACUUUGAUCUAUUGGACCAAUGGGCGCAGUAUUUAAUCUCUGACUCUCUCCUUCCGGCAAAUCAGCUCAGCACCGACGAUAUUGCGGGUACUCUGGAAAAUCAGACCAAUCUCGCAAUCAAGGGAAUCGUCGGAAUCAGUGCCAUGGCGAAGAUCGCUGACAUGGUAGGCGAUGAUACCAAAAGUAACAUUUAUAGCGCCAUCGCUUCAGAUUAUGCCUCGCAAUGGCAGAACAUUUCAUUUUCGGAUGACGAUAGUCAUCUUACUCUCUCUUAUGGAAACUCGUCUAGCUGGGGCCUAUCUUAUAACUUAUAUGCCGAUAAGUUAUUGAAUCUCAAUAUCUUCCCCGAAUCCGUCUAUGAAACACAGACAAAGUGGUAUCCCGCAGUUGCAAACAAGUACGGUGUCCCGCUGGAUACUCGGCAUACAUAUACCUCAAGUGUUUGGGAGAUCUGGGCUGCCGCAAUCAUGACGAACAAUUCCACGCGAGACCUGUUCAUCUCAUCCGUCAAGGAUUGGGUCUCUAGCGGACUAAACUCGCAACCAUUCGGAGAUUUCUACAAUACCACAGAUGGUGGAUUGCUAAGUUUCAAAGCCAGGCCUGUAGUGGGAGGACAUCUCGCGUUGGAGACAACGCCACAAGUACUGGCACCAACGCCGGAGGUGGAUCUGAUGGUGAUGGGAAUAGCACAGGCAGUGGCAGUGGCAGUGGCGGCGCUGCCACUGACGGUGAUGGCGACCAAGCUGAUUGGGCUUGUCCGAGCAUGUUGCCUCCCUUGCCCUUACUUCUGGUAUUGCUCGCUUUAACGUUUCAAUUAAGCUCAUAUCUGUAGUUGUGUGCCAUGAUGAAAAUUAAUUUAUUCAAAGUAUAUCAAUCAAGUUCUUCGACACAUGCAUCGUCGAAUAAAUUGACGGCUAUCCAUCGGUGGUGCAGUAAGCAUCUGUGCCGGCACCCCUUUCUGGGAUGCUGGGAUCUGCUGGAGGUUUGGGAUCUGCGACAACGGCAUGAGCCUCAACGAAACAAGGC